AUGGCUACGAGCAUCCCUGAUAUCACGAACGAGAGGAGUCCGUCGGACUCAGACGACUCUGACCAAGAAAAUCUGGACGACGGUGGUAUUGCUCCCGAUCAUUACUGGGGUGGCGACAAGAAGGGAGUCCCCUUCAAGGACUUUCAUUCAUUCACAAAGGCUAUCGACAAGAGAGGAAGAGCUUCUGGCAUCGUCAAAAUCAUCCCUCCGAAAGAAUGGUUCAAAACUCUGCCAGACAUCAAACCCAGAUUGUCGCAACUCAGAGUCAAACAAGCAAUCAUACAGGACAUACAACGAGGUGCAUUACUUCCUGCUGGUGCUUACCGACAAAUAAACAUUGAAUGUCGUAAAAACUUCUCCGUCCAGUCAUGGAUCAACAUGGCUAUGGAGCCGGAACGAAGUCCUCCUGUCUUGAAUGCCGAUGGUAAAUUCGUACCUGUAAUAGCUGCCAAUCCACCAACUACUCCCACAAUCCCUGCUACCACCAUUGAACUAAAGCCAAGUCCAAAGAAGAGGAGGAAGGUCACUGAGGAGGACGACACUACUGCCAAUGAUCGAGACGAUAGUGUAGUAGACAUGGAUGCCACUCCUGCUGAGAAUGGUGCAAUCGGUACUACCUCUACUGCCGCAAGUGGCGCAUCCAGUCCAUUACCUACAACGUCGUCUCUAAAUACUGAUAGUCUUGGUGCUGACACUGGGCUUAAUGGUAUAAAUGGGCAUCAAAGUAAUGGAAUAGAGUCAACAACAGCAGCCCAAUCUAGUCCUAGUCGUAGUCAAAAGAGCAGUACCAAUGAUGAUCCCAAAGCUGUCGACCCAGCCAUCCCAAACACCGAAUUCUUUGCAUUCGAAACGGAGGGCCUCAAAGUCCAUCUCUGUAGAGUUGGCGAAGACGUCUACUUCCGUUUACCAGAAGGAAUCACCACCCAAAACCUCACUCAGUCACAGAAAACCACCCUUCUCAAAGAGAUAAAACUCAUGGAAGAACGAUCAAAGACACCAAUUAAUACUAGUGGUACAACCGACAAGCCCGCUACCAAAUAUAAACGUAAACGACUUGCUAUUGCUGCUGAAGACGAUAGUGACCUCACAAUCAAUCCAUUCGAUCUCAACACUGAUCCUUCUAUUGAGUACUGUCAAGAGUUGGAACGGUAUUAUUGGAAGAAUCUCACUUAUGGAUCUCCACUAUACGGUGCUGAUAUGCUGGGUACUCUGUUUGAUGACAAAGAUGCAGGUGGUUGGAAUAUGAGUCGAUUGGAUAACUUGUUAUCUGACAUUCGGGCUGAUUUACCUGGUGUCAAUCUACCCUAUUUGUACUUUGGAAUGUGGAAGGCUACCUUUGCUUGGCAUUUGGAGGAUAUGGACUUGUUCAGUAUCAAUUACAUACAUUUUGGUGCUCCAAAGCAGUGGUAUGUGGUACCACCUCGAGAUCGUCUAAGAUUUGAAAGACUCGCAAAGCAGAUAUUUUUUGAGGAUAGCAAGGCUUGUCCUGAAUUCUUGAGACACAAGACUAGUCUCUUGUCUCCUGUCUAUUUGGCGAAACACAACAUCCAUGUCAAUCGAAUGGUUCAAAAGGCUGGAGAGUUCAUCAUUACCUUCCCAUAUGGCUAUCAUGCUGGCUAUAAUUUGGGCAUCAACUGUGCUGAAUCUGUCAACUUUGCUCUUGAAUCUUGGAUUGAGAAUGGCAAAGCAGCCAAUCAUUGUCAAUGUAUAGAAGACGCAGUCAAAAUGGACGUUGCUGGUCUAUUUGACCCUGCAAAUGCCUUGCGUGAUGAAGUCACCUCAUCAGCAUCAGCACCACUAAGGCCAGUCCAUGUCAUGAAGAGAGAAAUUGAUCCCAUCAAGAACUUAUUGCGUAAGAAGGUAGCAAUUGCAAAGGAAACUCCGGUUUCUGCCGAACCAAGCCUCUAUCCUUGUGAGCUCUGCGCCAGUACCAAUGAAACCGAUUUAUUGAAGAUCAAAGGCCACGGUCAUAUAUUCGCUCAUCGCAAGUGUGCUGAAUGGGUACCACAAGUCUCUGUCAAGACUACGGAACGUGGAGACCUUGUCUGUGGCUUUGAUCAUAUCGAGCCAGACCGAUGGAAGCUUCAUUGUGAAUUCUGCAAACAUAAAGGUAUCAAAAAGAGACAUGGUGCUCCCAUACAAUGCUGUAAAGGCAAAUGCUCGCGUGCAUUCCACGUUACUUGUGCUAUAGAGAAUGGCUUGAUGAUGGUUGAGCGGGAUGGUGAAGCUGAUCCUCAUGCUUACUGCAAAGCCCAUGAUCCUCGUGUAUCUCAUGUGAAGCCAGCACGACCAAAGUUUUUCGAAACCGAGACAUUUGAAGAGCUCCAAGUUGGACAAACUGUCUAUUUCAAAUGGAAUGGUGGUAUUCAUACUGGUGAAGUCCACAGUCUGCUCCCAAUGAAGCAAUACGAUGUGAAGAGUGGCAAUUCAUUCCAUAUGAGUAUGCCAUUCUAUAGUCUAUCAGCUACCCACCCUAAUGAAAGUCAAGAAGGUGCAGCUCAAUCGUAG